AUGGGAAGUAGCAGAACCCGACGGACGGCCCGGGGACCAAUGAGAGUCCGCCUUGGUGGGACUGUCUUGGGAGGGGGCCAAGGGGAGCUGCCCGUGUCGGCCGGGGGUGAAUUGCUGAGUUCACAUAACGUCCGUCGUCUGGCGAGCCCUCCCGGGAAGGCCUGCGGUUUUAAGGACCCUCGGACACCGGACACCCUCCCUUCCAGCACCCUGGAGCAAUCAGUGACCCUCGCUGGGCGCCAGCCCUCUCAGAAGAAAUCCAAGAGAUGUUCCUCGAAGAAGAAGCAACCCGCAUCCCAGCCAUCAACCAGAUCGAAGUCGUUCAGAGGAGCAAAACACCAGCAGAAAGAAGAGGAGGCAGGAGAAAGUUCGGUCGUGCCCCAUACCUCAGGUUCCUCGAAGAAGAGUCCCCCCGCAUCCCAGCCGUCCACCAGAUCGAGGUCUGUCAGAGGAGCACAACGCCAGCAGAAAGGAGAGGAGGCAGGAGGAACUUCGGGCGUGCCCCAUACCUCAGGUUCCUCGAAGAAGAAGAAGCCAACCGCAUCCCAGCCAUCAACCAGAUCGAGGUCAGUCAGAGGAGCAAAACGCCAGCAGAAAGAAGAGGAGGCAGGAGAAAGUUCGGUCGUGCCCCGUACCUCAGGUUCCUCGAAGAAGAAUGCCCCCGCAUCCCAGCCGUCCACCAGAUCGAGGUCUCUCAGGGGAGCACAACGCCAGGGGAAACAAGAGGAGGCAGGAGGAAGUUUGGUUGUUCCCCAAACCUCAGGCUACCGCCCGAAGUCCAACAUUGCCACUGGGAGCCCCCAGCCCCCUUUGAGGAAGCGGAAGUCACAGAGAGCAGAGAAAGUGGACCCUCUUCCUGUACUCCCUCCACGGGUACCUACCUUGAGGGAGAACUUUGAGGCCUUUGUGCACCUGAUGGAUGACCCGCUGGUGCUGAAGUUUCUGGCCAUGGACAAAUACUUUGUGAUGUCAGAUAAGUACAUGCUGGCAAUGGUGGUCGCGUUCUUCUUCCGUGCGGGUCGACCCACUUGGCAGUACAAACGGUUCCAUCUCUUCCUGGGCCUCUCCCUGGCGAAUGACGUGGAGCAGAAUGUGUUCGUCUUGAAGAAGAUCAUGUUACCAUUCGCUUUCGGGCACGAGGUGAGAAUGAAUGAAAGAAUCAUCUUCUGUCGUCUGCGGCUGAAGUUCCUCGAGGCCAUAGGCGGCAAGGCCCGGGUGUCACCGGAGGAGUGUGAGGAGAUCAUGGCCCUGGACCCUAACUACUGGGUCUGGCAUCGGGACCGCAUCCUGCGCUGUAAGCCGCUCAGCUGGUGGAACCGGAGCAGCAGCGUAAAAAAAACUUGAGUUUUGCCUGGAAGGACAUCAUCAGCUGCUUCUUUGUUGAUUUUAAUUCCGAUUCAGCAAGUUUAAACUAGAAAACAGGUUUUUCUCUUCAGAAAAGCUAGAGUUUUCUCUGGAAGGACAUCAUCUUCAACUUCUUUCAUUUUAUUUCAGAUUUAGCAAGCUUAAACUAGAAAACGCUGGCUCCUUUUUCAACACAAUUUCUAAUAUUGUGGUGGAGGUUUUGUUCAACAAUAAAACAAAUCAUUAAAUCUUAA